CAUUGUCUGAGAGGAGACAGUCAUCAGAACAGGAUAACAUGAUGGUUGACUAGUGGAGAAAUGCUGCACUCAACUAUGGAACCCAGCAAAGUUCUUCCUUUCUUGCCAUCCGACGCUGAUGACUCCGGCUGUGUCCUACUCAACACAUCAAGAAAGUACGUGAAGCUGAUGAACUUCGAGGAGGAGGUGAGGGCGCAUCGAGACCUGGACGGCUUCCUGGCCAGAGCUAGCAUCGUAUUGGACGAAACGGCACCGGCGCUAGACGACGUUCUGAAGAGGAUGUUGCAUCACGUGGGGCAGGACAGCCACACGGCCGAGCCAGGAUGCCAUUUUGAGGAGGUCAUGAGCAUGUUGUUCACCGACGCAGGAGCACAGGAGAUUAACGCCCACCUGGUGUCAGAGACCAUCCAGGGAGUAACAGCCACUGCCACCGGGGUCCAAUACCAACAAUCCUGGCUAUGUAUCCUGUAAGUCAGGGUUCCCC